ACACGCUUUCAAAUUUGAAAACCAGAAAUGACUGAAAGGGAACAGAGUGGUGUGUACAUAAAGUGGGAAAGAUUAAAGAAAAUCACUUUACAAGAAUCAAGACAAGACUUUGUGAACAUCCCAUAAAUACUGGUGAGAGUAAAUGCGAAAUAGAUUCCUGCAGAUACUGGAGAUUUUCUGAGCUUAAGUAUGUUUUGAUCCUUGCAUCCUUCUACCAUGUCUGGGCCUUCAUGGUUGGUUGACCCUAAUCGGAUUGCCACAAAAAUUAGGAGUGCUUCAGGUGCAUGUAAUCCAGGAAAAGUCAACUGGAAAAGCAACCCGACAAAAUCCUGCCCAAAUUGCCUGCAUGUUAUUGAUAACAGUGAUGUUGCUGAUGCAUGGCCGGGAUUGCCCCUUGGUGUGAAAUUUGAUCCUUCUGACCCAGACAUUAUUUUGCAUUUGCUUGCUAAAGUUGGUGUUGGGAAUUCAAAGCCUCAUCCUUUCAUCGAUGAAUUUAUACCAACAGUUAAUGAAGAUGAUGGCAUCUGUUAUACCCAUCCUCGAAAUUUACCUGGUGUGAGAGAGGAUGGGAGUGUCUCACACUUCUUCCAUAGAGCAAUCAAAGCUUAUAAUACUGGAAGCCGCAAGCGUCGGAAGAUACAUGAUGAUGAGUUGGGAGAUGUUCGUUGGCAUAAGACUGGCCGGACAAAACCUGUCUUCUUGGAUGGUGUCCAAAAAGGAUGCAAGAAGAUUAUGGUCCUAUAUGUAAGCCCUGUUAGAGGUGGAAAAGCUGAGAAAACUAAUUGGGUGAUGCAUCAGUAUCACUUGGGUACAGGCGAAGAUGAGAAGGAGGGGGAAUAUGUUAUCUCAAAAAUCUUUUAUCAGCAGCAACAACUCAAACAGAGUGAGAAGACUGAAGAAGAUAUUCCUGCGGAAGUUGGGACCAUGAUCCCUAAGGUGGAUCCUGUCACGCCAAAGUCGGUCACUCCCGAACCUCCUCGUACUGAAACAAGAUUCUUGACUCCUGUGUCUGAACAAGAUUCAGCACUUCGUAACGUAGAGCAUGAGAAUGAGGGUUAUAUGGAAGAGGUGGUAGAAACUCCUGAGCCACCCAAUAAUCAAAACCACUGCAACAUGGAGAAUAAUGCUGAUCAAGUGGAAGACGAGAAUGACGAUGAGGCUGCUGAUGACAACAAAUGGUGGGAACAUGAGUCACAAUAUCUGUUGAGUUCACAGCAACUUGUAGAAGGGCUGUCUCUGGUUGACGAGCUUCUCCACAGCCAAUCCCCAAAUCGGCUUGAAACUGCAAAUGGUCAAGAACUGGAUGCUAAACCUCGUCUUGCUGAUUACGCUAAGUUAGGACCAGAGUAUUUGAAGAGGGAUUUGGAGGAGUGCCAAAAUUUGGCUUCUGAUCCAGCAAAUAUUGACCUUGAUACACCUCCUGAUUUCCGAUUGAGCCAACUUGAAUUUGAGUCCCAGGAUAGUUAUAUAGCUUGGGGUGGAAGCGCGAGAGGCAAGGCGAUUGACUAAAUCAAAAUUGGGCAUCUAGAAUCGAAAAAAAUGACAUCUCAUUGGUCAAGGUAACAUUCUUUUGCUAACCUUCAACCUGCUGAGCGAUGUUUGAGGUGAAGGUAAUGAAGCGUCAUGCUGAUGAAACGAUUGCUUAUCAGUAACUUGUAGCAGUUUUUUGAGAAUUUAGGGGCAUCGACAACUUAUUUUUGUAAUCUGUGCUACCAGUGGUUCCUGUAUUAUAGCACGGAUUUUCGCUCCUAAAUCUGUGCUCUUGUUAUUUCAGCAGUUGCUCUGCCUGUAAAUCAUCAAAGAUCUGUAUUUCCACAUUAUAAACUUCUCUGUCAGUUUGAUCCCUACUUCUCAUGUUCAUUCUAAUAAGCUGGCAAUUUUUUGUGGGCUUUGAAUAUGAGGCCACAAACCUUGGAAAUUCGAUCCGUUCAAGCCAGAGAGAAAUUAAACUCCAAUGCUUCUUCUGUGAAGACCACGGUUGAACUUCAACCUGCAGUUUUCAAUUAUGCUGUUUCUUGUACGUGCUGUAUUUGCCGGAAGUGGGAUCCUAUGUUGUCCGAAACAGAGACAAAUGGCACAACUAGGACGGCUAAAUUCAUGAACCUGCUGAGAGUUACAGGUCAUUGAGGUUGUCUUCAAACAUGAAUUAGAGAGAGUUCCGGCCUAGACUGAUUGAAGAUAGAGACUGCAGGACCUAUUUGGAGGGGCCGAAGAACAUGUAUUAAAGGGAAAGUGAUUUUUGUAGAUAAGAAAAUUGAGAACCUCAAGUCCUGAACUAUAUAUAAGCUAGAGAAAACCUUAGUGAAAGAACAUGAAAAUGGGCCAUCUUCUGUCGAAAAGGGCUUUGAAUUUGAUCACGAGGGCUGCUAUUUUCUUGAUGCGUUGCUGCCUGAAAACAGGACAUAGAGGGCCUUGACAACCUGGGCAGUGCACGACAGUGGGGGCAUAGUGAUUAAAAUUCAGAUGAAUGUCAAUUCCGUUUCCUUACAAUUUGCUCUCUACAUCAAUCUUUUGAUGAUGUUUCUUGA